UCAACAGACGGGGAAGCCAGCCAGGUGAAGUUAAUCAAAAUAAUAAGUGUUCGAUGCGCACACUGCCAAGCUGCAGCGCAACUAUGGACGCACAAGUAUGUGGAAAAGAAACUGAAGUGAAUUGUGAAGUUUGUCUUACUCUGACCUCAAAACAAACAAACAAACAAACAAACAAAGAGAAAGAAAGUUAACAUCAUUCAGUUAAAUAUAACAGCGGAUGAACGUCAGGUAGUUUUCCAGUGUUGCUAGCAUAAUGACAUUGGCUAACGUUAACCUCCGACUGGCAAGGCUAGCUAGCAGUGAUAUUAUGUCUGGCAACGAGCAAACAAAAUGACUACAACUGCAAUAAAAACCAUGGGGUAUUGCUGGAUAUUGGAUAUAAACCACUUCAUCUCCGUAAAAGGAAGAAGAACGGACUUCAACGUCAAAUAACAUCCCCCAGGUCAGCUACGCCUCCACGGCCCCCGAACUGAGCGACAACACUCGCUACGACUUCUUCUCCCGCGUAGUACCGCCAGACUCCUACCAGGCCCAGGCCAUGAUGGACAUUGUCACGGCGAUGGAGUGGAACUACGUGUCCACGCUAGCCUCAGAGGGCAACUACGGAGAGAGUGGCGUGGAGGCCUUUGUCCAGAUCUCCAGAGAAACCGGUGGUGUGUGUAUCGCCCAGUCCUUGAAAAUCCCCAGGGAGCCCAGGCCAGGGGAGUUUGACAAGAUCAUCAGACGCCUGCUGGAGACCUCCAAUGCCAGGGCCGUCAUCAUGUUCGCUAAUGAGGACGACAUACGACGAGUUUUGGAUGCAGCUAAAAGGAACAACCAGACGGGUCACUUCCUGUGGGUGGGUUCGGACAGCUGGGGGUCCAAAAUCUCCCCUGUGAUUGGCCAGGAGAAAGUGGCUGAGGGAGCCAUCACGAUUCUUCCCAAACGAGCAUCUGUGGAUGCGUUUGACCGGUAUUUCCGUAGCCGCUCGCUGUCCAACAACAGAAGAAAUGUUUGGUUCGCUGAAUUCUGGGAGGAAAACUUCAACUGUAAACUGGGAAUGCAUGGUAAACGGCCUGGCAGCCUGAAGAAAUGCACAGGUUUAGAAAAAGUGGGUCGUGAUUCCAGUUACGAACAGGAGGGGAAGGUUCAGUUUGUGAUGGAUGCGGUGUAUGCCAUGGCCCAUGCUCUGCACCGCAUGCACCGGGAGCUCUGCUUCGGAUACCCAGGCCUCUGCCCGCGCAUGGCCAGCAUCGACGGCAAAGAGCUGCUCAGCUACAUUCGUGCCGUCAACUUCAACGGAAGUGCCGGUACACCAGUGGUUUUCAAUGAGAAUGGAGACGCUCCGGGAAGAUACGAUAUCUUCCAGUACCAGAGAACCAACAGGUCUACUGCAGAGUACAAAGUCAUUGGCUCCUGGACCAAUAAGCUGCACCUCAAACUCGAGGCCAUGCGUUGGAAGACAGGUGACCCAUCUCUCCCACCCUCUGUAUGCAGCAUCCCAUGCCGUGCGGGCGAAAGGAAGAAAGUGGUCAAAGGUGUGCCGUGUUGCUGGCACUGUGAGCGCUGUGAAGGAUACCACUAUCAGGCAUCAGAGUUCACUUGUGAGCUGUGUCCUUAUGAGAUGCGACCUGAUGUCAACCGCACUGGCUGUGUUCCCAUCCCGAUCAUCAAGCUGGAGUGGCACUCCCCCUGGGCCAUCGUCCCUGUCUUCAUCUCCAUGCUGGGGAUCAUCGCCACCUCUUUUGUCAUCGUCACUUUUGUCCGGCACAAUGACACGCCCAUCGUGCGAGCGUCGGGACGGGAGAUGAGCUACGUGCUGCUAACGGGGAUCUUCCUCUGCUACGCCAUCACGUUCCUGAUGAUCGCGACGCCCGAUGUGGGAGUGUGUUCAUUCAGGAGGAUUUUCUUGGGCUUAGGGAUGUGUUUUAGCUAUGCCGCGCUGCUCACCAAGACCAACAGGAUACACCGCAUCUUUGAACAAGGGAAGAAGUCUGUAACAGCACCCAGGUUCAUCUCUCCCGCCUCCCAGCUCGUCAUCACCUUCUCACUCAUCUCAGUUCAGCUGCUGGGCGUCUUCGUCUGGUUCGCGGUGGACCCGCCACACACGGUUGUGGACUACGGCGAGCAGCGGACCCAGGACCCCAUGUCGGCGCGCGGCGUCCUCAAGUGUGACAUCUCGGACCUGUCCCUCAUCUGCUCCCUGGGUUACUCCAUCCUGCUGAUGGUGACAUGCACAGUUUACGCCAUUAAGACGCGAGGCGUGCCCGAAACCUUCAACGAGGCCAAGCCCAUCGGAUUUACCAUGUACACCACCUGCAUCAUCUGGCUGGCGUUCAUACCCAUCUUCUUUGGAACGUCACAGUCCGCAGAGAGGAUGUAUAUCCAAACUACCACCCUGACCAUCUCUCUCAGCCUGUCUGCCUCUGUGUCUCUGGGGAUGCUCUACAUGCCCAAGGUCUACAUCAUCCUCUUCCACCCCGAGCAGAACGUACCCAAACGGAAACGCAGCUUCAAGGCGAUUGUGACAGCUGCUGCCAUGUCGGGGAAACUGAGCCAGAAGGGAGACCGCCCCAACGGAGAGGUGAAGACCGAGCUAUGUGAGAGCAUGGAGACCAACAGUGACUUCAUCAACUAAGACGACAUAUGUCAGCUACAGCAAUCAUGCCAUUUGAAGGGACCACAGAGGAUGAAGAAAGGGAUUGGACAGGAGAGGGGGGCGUGUCUUGGGGCAAUGCCAAGCGGAAGAAGGAGCCAUCGUUCUUAGCCGAUUGGCCGAAGAACUGGCGGACAGACUGAGCGCCCAAUGGAAUCCAAGCAUGAGACAUUUUGUAUUGUUCCGCAUCAAACCACAGAGAGGUGGGACCACAUAAACAGCCAGUCAGUGUGCCUGCUUUCCUGCUGCUCACAGCUCAUUGGUCCUAACAUGAACUUACCUGUUUAAAAAAAAAAAAAAAGACAACAUGAAAAAAGUGACAUACCAUAGGACACUGUGGUGGACAGAGUAACUAUUAAAACCUAACAAAAAAAUAAUCAUAAAAAAAAAAAAAAAAAAAAAAAAACUCUCAGAAACCAUGUAGACAUAAUAUCUAAAAGGGCAAAUGUGGGGCCGGAAAAGAGAUUUAACAGAUUACAUUUUAAAAAAUAUUAAAAAAAGAGAAAUGUCAGAGGAAAUCUAUGAGACUCAAACAUGUUUGUUGUUAUUCUCUACUUGUAAGUAUUUUUGUGGUUGUGACGAUUUUUUCAUUCUUGUCUCACCGUUGUCUGAUGGUUCGCCCUUGCAUAAUGAGAUGAGUGUGUUCCCUCCUGCUGUCUUGGCUAACCGGGUUGUAGCCUUGGGUUGUGAACCUGUAAAAUGCCAUGGUUGAAGCAUGCCAGUUUUUAUACAAAAAGGAGAUUUAUUUAUAAUAAAGGAAUGUUUUGCAAAUGUGUA